AUGCUCCCGCACUACUCCUGGCCGCUCACCCUUUUCCUUCUCCUCCUCCCCGGCGUCCCCAUGGAGCCCCAGCCCCCGUCUUCCACCUUGCCCCCAUUUCUAGCCCCCGAGUGGGACCUCCUGUCUCCCCGCGUGGCCCUGUCAAGGGGCGCCCCUGCUGGGCCCCCGCUCCUCUUCCUGCUCGAGGCCGGAGCCUAUGGGGAGCCGGCAGGGACCCCAGCCAACCGCAGCCGGCGUGGUGUGAGCGAGACCGCGCCCGCGAGCCGCCGGGGUGAGCUGGCCGUGUGCGACGCGGUGAGCGGCUGGGUGACCGACCGGCGCACGGCCGUGGACUUGCGUGGCCGGGAAGUGGAGGUGCUGGGCGAGGUGCCGGCGGCAGGUGGCAGUCCCCUGCGGCAGUACUUCUUCGAGACGCGCUGCAAGGCCGAAGGCGCUGGGGAAGGAGGCCCGGGGGUGGGCGGCGGGGGCUGUCGCGGUGUGGACCGGAGGCACUGGCUGUCUGAGUGCAAGGCCAAGCAGUCCUAUGUGCGGGCGUUGACCGCAGACUCCCAGGGCCGAGUGGGCUGGCGCUGGAUUCGCAUCGACACCGCUUGCGUCUGCACGCUCCUCAGCCGAACAGGCCGGGCCUGAGGGCCCCA